UUGUAGCCGAUCAUCGCCUCGUCAACACUGUUUUGGGGUGAGGGCUGUAAUUCUCCUUGCACUUCCGCUUCAUGUGUGUGAUGAUGGGGAGAACCUUCUGCAGACAAUGGUACCCAGGCUCAUUCUGUGAAGGUCUCCCUCUCUGUCCCCCUUUCUCUGUCAUGCUUGUCUCUGAUUGAGCUGCAAUGCCAUCCUCCUCGUUCGUCCAGUCCAUAUCACUCUCACUACUCUCUGAGCUCUCCAUUUCUCCCGGACUAUUGGCGGCAGGGAUUGGCUCUGGAUCUACAAGAUUUUUACUAGCUCUAACUUUUUUUAGUCUUAUUUUUUUGGCUAUUCUUGCGUGCAAAAAACAUACCAUCAUGCAUCUGCUCAGAUUCUGACUCAUGGA